AUGAGCAACUACGGUGGAAGAGGAGGCAGCAACCGCCACGACGAGCGCUACGACAACAAUCCUCGCAGUGGUGGUAGAGGUGGUGGCGGCGGUGGUGUGAUCGUCAGUUUAACGAUGUCGCCAACGGAAUAGGACAGAUGCGCGUCGACGACAGAAACGGAGGACCGUCGGGAGGAAGAGGAGGACCGGAAAGAAACGGAAAUGUCGGAGGUAGAGGCGGGAACAUGUACAGUCAGAAUUCGAAUUCCCAAGGCAACCGCUCUUACCAGCCGAAAAUUGACCGCUCUGCUCCGGCCGGCUCUGCCUACAACCCGAAUGCGCCAAUUUCGACAGAUCAACUCCCGUUCAACACGCAGGAGUUCGCAAAGCGCCCGGCCAGAAUGAUUUCUGAGAUGAAGCUCGGCGACAAAAUUGAUCUGGUCACCAACCACGCCCUCGUGAUGCUGCCAGCGGAACCGAUCAAGUUGUACAGCUACAACGUCGAAAUCUACAAUAGAAGAAAUCACAUUCAAAAAAGAGAGGAAGCAGCGCCGAUCUUCUGGAUUCUUUAUGAAGAGCAUAAGAGCAGUUUACCGCACAGGGGCAAAAUUAUCUUCAACGACGUUAACCAGCUCUGGUCUCGCGGACAGAUCGGCGGCAACGACGCUGUUCAGACAUACAAUGGUCUAUCAAGAAGUACAAGAGACUUUGCGAUGGUUUUGAAGUUCACCAGCUAUUUCAUGUUCGGAGUGGGUCCGAAUGCCUCCACCGACACUUCGAUGAUGUGCACGAUCACAGAUGCGAUCGCAACUGCACGAGUCCGUCAGACGACGUGAGUUUACUUGGUUUUCUGGUUCAAAUGGAAUCUAUAAAUAUGAAUCAUAUAUGAUUUUUGCUUCAGACACGAAGGAACGAGAUACUCAGUGUUCAAGCAUCUCACCUUCUUGGUUAAGUCGUGCGCCACAGAGGGUUCUAUGCCCGACGUGCCCCUCUAUCAUCCGAUCAAAUGGGGAACCGACGCGAAAGUCGGAUUUUCGAUUGCCUUCCGCAUGAAUCUCCGCGCCGGAAUGACCGCUUGCUUUGACAGUAAGUUGGCACAAUGUCGAUCGCUUCGAGAUCGAAUAUGUUUUCAGUCAACCAUUCCGUCUUCACGAGACCAGGAUACCCUCUCGUCAGACUGUUGGUCGAGCUCUGCGCGGCUGAGCCGAUCACAGACGAAGAGUACGAGGAGAAAUACGACGAGUACAUCAGAAACGCGCGUCCUGAUGAGAAUAACAAAAGUGUGAUGCAAAGAAUUCUCCACGGCAUGACUCUCCAUUUCUCCGUGAGCCCUGCAAUGUCUAUGGACGCGGCAAUGAGACCCAAUCAGGACGGCGAAAGGAACGGAUCGAGACAAUUCAAGUUCUACGAACUCGCUGAUUCUGCUCUUGAAGAAAAAUUCGAGUGGGUGGAUAAGAACAACGCCGUGCAUUAUACGGACAUUGCCACGUACUUUAAGGACAGCUAUCAGUAUAUUCUCCGCUAUCCACAUCUUCCAUGCGUGAUGAAGAAGCCGAGCCAGAAUUCUAAGAUCAAGCGAAUCCUUUUCCCUAUGGAGUUGUGCUCCUACAUUGUCAACCCGACCAGAUACCAGGGAUUUUCUCCAGAGUCGUUCCGCGCCGAUAUGAUCCGAUUCACGACGUACACUCCGAAACAGAGAAGAAUGCUGCUCCAACACGUCAUCGGCCAGGCCCCUCUCGCUCGAACGGAUCCCGUUGUCGACAGCAAUGACACGCAAAUGAAGUGCUACGAAGUCAACAUUGAGCCCGAGAUGCUCGAGGUGAAGGCGACGGUGCUUCCGGCUCCGACGAUCAUCUACGGAAACAGCACGGUUCACGAUGAGAAGCGCACCGGCGUUUGGGAGGCCAUCCGCAAUGAGCCCGUUCGCACCGUGCUCCCCGAUGGAAUCCUGGCUCCUGGAGGUCAGCUCACGAAGAAGGUAAUCGGAUCGAUCAUCGCGAUCGAGAGCCCGCGAACUAACAUGAGAGAGUUGGAGUUCAACCAGUAAGUGUUUUCUGUCAAGGGUCCGAUCAAGUUGUCUCUGUUACAGUGAAUCAUACGCCCAUCUGAUGCGUGCACUGGCUAAAAGCGGACAGCCAAUUGUUUGGGCCGAAGAAGAGUCUGGUGUCCCGGCAAUUUUGAGUCUCAUUCAUUACAAUCAAAACUACGACACGCCACAAGAUCUCUUCAAAUCAGUUCUAAAUAUUGCCGCUACGGCAAAUCGCGAAUACGCAACAGAAGGGGACGGAUUCGUUAUUGUGCCGCUCUUCUUCUUGCUCUUCCGUGAACGAGCCGCGGUGUACGAAGGCAACGAGACGUACAAUGACUACAGUAAGCGAACCGACUCUGAUCGGGCGAAUGUAAAUAUUGAGUUAUUCCAGAUCUGAUCAAGUUCCUGAUGGACAACAAAGCGGGCAUCAUUACCCAAGGCAUGUUGGUCUGCAACUUCAAUCGUGUUAUGGUGAGCGCUCUCUCGAUUCAUUUCAAUUUCGCUUACUUUCUUUUUUUAGUCGGAUAUAACAAUUUGUCCGUUCACGUGCCACAUCGUGGAGAAGAUUCUCGGCAAGAUCGGAACGACGCACCGCAAGUUGGAGAGAGAGGGAGCUCACAAGUCGUGGACUAUGCUGACCAACCCAGACGCGCCGACCCUCGUCCUCGGCAUUGACGUCUCGCAUCCCAAGACUCAGGACCGCGAGAACGGGAAAGGCGGCAAACCGGCUAAAAAGUGGCAGCAGGGGAAGGAGCACGAACCGAAAGACAUCAACUCGUUGUCCGUCGCCACCGUCGUCGGAAACAUCGAUUUGGACAUCACUCAGUUCAGAGCGUCCAAUCGUCUUCAAGACGCUGGCUGUGAACAGAUCAUCCGAAUGGAGCACGAGGUGUCGAUUCGCAUCUCGGAAUUCGUGAAGCACACAGGAAAGGUGCCGGCUCACAUUGUCGUCUACCGCGACGGAAUUUCGGAGGGAGAAUUCCAGCAGAUUCUUUACGAAGAACGCACUGCCAUCGAGUCGACUUGCAAGCAACUCGACAUUAAUCCCACACUCACCUAUAUCGUUGUGUCGAAGAGACAUCACACGAAGUUCUUUGCCAAGGAUAAGGACACCAAUCAAUUCAACGCCAACAUCCGGCCGGGAACAUUGGUGGAAGAUAAGAUCACUACCGAAAAGUACUACGACUUCUUCCUCGGCUCGCAAGUCGGAAUGCUCGGCACGUCGCGUCCGACCCACUACUACGUGCUCCACGACACGUGGGCUCCGAUGGUCUCUUUCUGGCCGACGGUGACUCACGCGCUGACCUACUCGUUCGCCCGUGCCACCACCACGACAGCUCUUCCGUCCGCCGUACAGUACGCUCACCUGGCUGCCAAGAGAGCCAAGGAGACGCUCUACGCAGCUGACAUUGUUAGAGCGUAAGAGAAACAGCGAAAAGAGGGGCAACAUCUAUUUGUUUUCUUUUCAGCAUCCAAAACCAGCCAAUGUACAACCCCGAGUGCCUCCAAGACGUCGGCCGCCUGACCGAAGCGAUCAACGCGCAUCCGAACUAUGUGGGAAUGCCGUUCAUCUAG